AUGCGGUAUUGCGCGUCGCCCCAGGGCGCAUACACUUACCUUCCACACGUUUCCCCCCCUCGUGCAACCAACCCAGUGUGCUCUGCCGACCUCGACGACCCUCGCAACAGCCCAUGCGCUUUCCGGAGCGCCUUCCUUGACUCCGCGGCAACGACGAGCACGCUCACACGUGCUGAAUGGCCAUGGUCCUCUCCUGUUGCCCAUGGCGUACCAACACGAGCCCCCGCCUUCGUCCCUUCACCACGACUCAUGAAUGCGCAGAUACAUGCGAGGUCUGGCAAUGCAUCAGCAGCGACACAGGAGGAGGGCGGUUGGGCUGGAGGGCUGCUGCAGACAUCGCCCCCUCUUGUUCCACCACCCAGUGUCAUCUACCGAGCUCGAAAUGCCGUCGAUCACCCCUCCCUUCUCGCCUUACACGAUGACCAGCCACCCGCUCGCACGUUCUUCACCAACACGGCAUUGCUUCUCCACCACCACGGCAUGUCUGUUCCAUCCGCCGCCCACUCCCUCGUCCGAUCUUCACAGCUCACGAGCGCGCGGACACAGGCAAGAGAUGGUGACCUGGCGACGGUGACACCACAGGAGGAGGACAGGUCGUUGGGUCUCAGGGAGCGGUCGCCUGUCUCCUCUUGCCCCCUCACGUCUCCUUCACCACCAAGCAGUGCAAAUGCACCGCCGACGCUGGAGGAUGUGCCGCUCACGCUCCGCCAGUCGCCCGUCUCUUUUCGUCUUAUGGCCACUCACCCCCCUCACGUAACCUUCAUCACCAUGCGGUGCAAACGCGCCACGUUCUUUGUUCUCCAUCACCACCUGACCUGCGCCCAACUCUAUCUUGCAGGCCUGCCCCACCUGCGACCACGCCUGUGCCGGAUGACCGCCACUCGUGAGCGCGAGGACCUAUGCAAAAUUCGGCCACCCGUCAUCGGCGGCACACGAGGAGGCCGGCGUGCAAGGUGA